GCUAGGGUUUCAUAAGCGGGUCUCAUAUAUCUUAGUUUAGAGUUCUAACCAGAAGAGCGGGAGAGAGGGGGAGGGACGAGGUGUUGGACGGCAGGUGACGCAGCUGAUACAGCAGCUCCGCCAAGAUGGGUAUUUCCAGGGAUUCCAUGCACAAGAGGCGUGCCACUGGUGGCAAGAAGAAGGCUUGGAGGAAGAAGAGAAAGUAUGAGCUUGGUCGCCAACCAGCAAACACUAAGCUGUCAAGCAACAAGACAGUCAGGAGAGUUCGUGUUAGAGGUGGCAAUGUGAAAUGGAGGGCUUUGCGAUUAGAUACUGGAAAUUAUUCAUGGGGUAGUGAAGCCGUGACCCGCAAGACACGUAUACUAGAUGUGGUUUAUAAUGCCUCAAACAAUGAGCUUGUGCGAACUCAAACCCUUGUGAAGAGUGCUAUUGUUCAGGUUGAUGCUGCUCCUUUCAAGCAGUGGUACCUUCAGCAUUAUGGUGUUGAUAUUGGCAGGAAGAAGAAAACAGCUGCCAAGAAGGAUUCUGCAGAGGAGGGUGAAGCUGCUGCUGUUGAAGAGACAAAGAAAAGUAAUCAUGUGCUUAGAAAACUAGAGAAGCGCCAGAAAGAUCGAAAGCUUGAUCCCCACAUUGAAGAGCAAUUUGGUGGCGGCCGAUUGUUGGCUUGCAUUUCUUCUCGUCCUGGUCAAUGUGGCCGAGCUGAUGGUUACAUCUUGGAAGGCAAGGAGUUGGAGUUUUACACGAAGAAAAUCCAGAGGAAGAAGGGAAAGGGUGCUGGUAUUUCCAGGGAUUCCAUGCACAAGAGGCGUGCCACUGGUGGCAAGAAGAAGGCUUGGAGGAAGAAGAGAAAGUAUGAGCUGGGUCGUCAACCAGCAAAUACUAAGCUUUCAAGCAACAAGACAGUCAGGAGAGUUCGUGUUAGAGGUGGCAAUGUGAAAUGGAGGGCUUUGCGAUUAGAUACCGGAAAUUAUUCCUGGGGUAGUGAAGCCGUGACCCGCAAGACACGUAUACUAGAUGUGGUUUACAAUGCCUCAAACAAUGAGCUUGUGAGAACUCAAACCCUUGUGAAGAGUGCUAUCAUUCAGGUUGAUGCUGCUCCUUUCAAGCAGUGGUACCUUCAGCAUUAUGGUGUUGAUAUUGGCAGGAAGAAGAAAACAGCUGCCAAGAAGGAUUCUGCAGAGGAGGGUGAAGCUGCUGCCGUUGAAGAGACAAAGAAAAGUAAUCACGUGCUUAGAAAACUAGAGAAGCGCCAGAAAGAUCGAAAGCUUGAUCCCCACAUUGAAGAGCAAUUUGGUGGCGGCCGAUUGUUGGCUUGCAUUUCUUCUCGUCCUGGUCAAUGUGGCCGAGCUGAUGGUUACAUCUUGGAAGGCAAGGAGUUGGAGUUUUACAUGAAGAAAAUCCAGAGAAAGAAGGGAAAGGGUGCUGGUGCUGCUUGAAUGUAGUGUUCCAUUUUUCUUCUGCUUCCAAAUUAUAUCGACUUAUUGAAUUUUUGCUGAAUGGUACCUUCAAAGUGCUUUUUAUACAAGGUUCCCUCAUUCUCGAGACAUUGAUCUUUAGUGGGUACAAUUUUUUUUAAUUAUUUGUAAUUUUGCUUUAACAGUUGUGACUGAUACUCUUCAGUUCUUGUUAAUGCUUGUGUGCAAUGGGUGUUUUGCUGGACAA